UAGGGGCUUUUCGCUUAACUUAAUGUGAGCCUACUGGUGGAGGAACUGUGGUGUGUUUGUGUGUGUGUGUCUCUCUCUCCGCGCAAAAACAGAAAGAGAAAUAUAAUAUCCAUAUAUAUAUAUAUAUUAUAUGCAGCAGAAAAAAAGGAAAGUGAAAUAGAGAAACAGUGUACUGUUGUUGUUGUUGUUGUUGUUGGCACUGGCAGACGCAAAUGAAUGAGUGAGUGAUAGGCGAAAAGAAGAAACAAAGGCAAAAGGCAAUUAGCCAAUUAGGCCACCCGUCGGAAAGUGGCCCUCUUAAAAAGUGGUUUGGUCGAGCAUUUAUUAUUGUCAAGCAGGGGGGAGUGCUGAGUGGAUUUAUCUGAUUUUGCAAGUGGUGGUGAGAUGUGAAUUUUGCUGAGCAAAAUGGCAGCAGAGUCUAACUCAGGCUUUUACGCGUUGGCUUCUGCGCUCAAUCGGCACGCCAUAUCCUUCCAAUCAGAAGCCAUAAAUAGCUCUUCCGAGAUGAUUCCGAUGGCCAGUGGGAGUAACUACUUCGGGAUGAACAAUACUGCUACUACUUCUUCUUCUGUUAUGUUGCCUGGAGGAGCCAACUCCACCACUCUUCCUCCUCCUGGAAUACCUCAUGUCAAUUCCUGCGCAUCUUCUCUGCUUCUUGAUUCUGCUCCUGGCCUCAAGCAUGACACUGGCUUGGCCGUUGAGUGGUCUGUCGAUGAACAGAUCAUUCUCGAAGAAGGCCUUUCAAAAUUUGCUGACGAGCCAAGUAUUAUGAGAUACAUAAAGAUUGCAGCUACCCUGCGUGAUAAAACUGUGCGCGAUGUUGCAUUGAGGUGUAGGUGGAUGACGAGAAAGCGAAGGAAAGCGGACGAGUAUAAUUUGGGAAAGAAGGUCAAUAAUAGGAAGGAUAAGCUGGUGGAAUCAUCGUCAAAGAUGAAUGUGCCUUCAGCUUUGCCACAAAACAUGGCUUUGUAUCCUUUGAUGAUGCACCAUCCAGACCAGGGCGAGCCUUUGUCCUUUGAAGGAAUAAGUGGUACAUCUAGGCAUCUCUUGGAACAAAAUGUCCAAGCUUUUAGUAAAAUCACGGCUAACCUUUCUACCUUCAAGUUACAGGAUAACAUUGACCUCUUCUGUCGCACGAGGACCAAUAUUACUGCCAUUCUGAAUGACAUGAGAGGUAUGCCCGGCAUCAUGAGCCAGAUGCCGCCACUGCCUGUAUCUAUUAAUGAGGAUCUUGCAAAUAGUAUAUUACCAAGUACAACUCAGUCAAUGAUGUUUUGCUCGCCUAGUGGGAUCCAACUGAAGCAGGAGCCAAGGUGCUGAUGGAGAAUUGUUAAGGUGGAUUCAAUUUUAUCUGGUCUGUGUAAGUACAAAAAUUUUACUGUUGUAAAUGCUAAGCAGUUUGGUAGGAGGCGGUUCUUCCUUUUGUUGUACACAUACUCAUCAUACUUACGGUCCCGCAAUGGAGAAAUUUGUAGAGAUCCCAUUUUUGGUACCUGAUAUGAUUAUCUCACUAGGUAUGGAACCCAAGCACCAGACAAUAAGAAUGCCGACUGCUCAUUGUUCCUAUGCUCCAGGGAGAAUCUCUAACCAAAAUACUUUUUUUUUUUAUUUAUUUUUUUUAUUUUAGAUGAUUUUGUAUUGCAGUUCCUUGUGUACAAAUUUAUGAGACAACACCUUGGAGUGGAAUAUUUGGUGCUUGAUUUAUAACUACUUCUAGCAUAUUACGA